AUGUCCUCCAAGAAUUGCCGUAUUUACCCGGGGCUGAAAUUUGAUGCAGACAAGUACAUAUGCCAGCUUGGCUAUAUUCCAUCGGGCAAUCUUACUCGCAGAUGUGAAGCAGACGAUGGUCAAGUUUACCAUGUGCCAAGAUGUUACACCUCUCGCCCGAGCAACUACCAAUACUGUAGCUCAUCUUCGUCUAUAAUUAUCCCAUCGUACGAAAAGUUAACACAACUUCCAGCACAAGAGUUUUGCAAACUUUACAAUGCCCCCUUCAUAUCGGACGCAUCGAUCAGCGCUCAAUGUGCUCUUCACCUAGUCGGUCCAGGAGAAUCAGUAACUCGUGUCGCAUUAGACAGCACUCCGGCACGACGUUGGCAAUUUCCUCUUCUUACUCUAUGCGAGCUACCUUGUCUUCCCCUUCGCUAUGACCAAACACAGUCCACGUCAACCGCUAGCAAUGUCCAGUGCCGAUUUGACGAGUUGCUUGCCUCUGCUCCUUGCAAGGCAACAAAGGGUGCGGUGAGAAUCAGCCCCGUCGGCUACACACUUAACUACACUUCGGCACUGGCCGUGUGUAAGUUCUACAACGGAACGCUGCUCUCCGACGCGUCGUAUCAGGCUGGGUGCGCUGCAACCCUGACAAGGGCUAACGUAGUAGCAUGGAAGGGCUUGCCGAAUGGAAAUCAGCAAGCCCGUAAUACACUUGGAGGCCUGACCGCCCUGUCUACGCCAUUGCAUGUGACGUGCGAGAUACCUACGACAUGUCGGGUGCCAGUGAUAGAUAACGGCGAUGCGAAUAGCACAGAUGUAUUGGUCACGGAAGCGGUCGCCUAUUCGUGCCGAAGCGCGGGCGAGGUACUUGUGGGUGACGCCAGCCCUACCUGUACCGCUACGGGCCAGCUCAGCUCAGUGCCACACUGCGAGACUCUCACCUGCAGUGUGCCUGCCAUUAGUAACGGCACCGCUGACCAGGCGGCGGUCCAGUAUGCACAAACGGUGACCUAUUCGUGCAGGGUGGGAUUCACGAACGUGGGCAGCUCGUCCGCAACUUGCACAGCUCACGGAAGUCUCAGUGCAAUGCCUCACUGUACACGUAAGUCUAGCCUAGACAACGGGUCUGACGUCCUUGCUGCAACAUAG